GCUUGGGCAGCCGGCGACGGGGCCUUGCCCGAUAACGCGGGGUCCUCAGCUGCCUAGGUGUCUAGUGCCGUCGUCUUCGCGGGCGGCUGUUAGUACAGCUCUUGUUGGUGCGCUGUAGUGCUGUUGGCGGCCGCCGGCCGGGAGGAGCGGAGAGCCCAGAGGAGGGAGGCAGCCAAGGCGGCGGCGGAGGCUCGGAGGCCGUGGGGCCGGCGGAGCGGCGGCGGCCGAGGUAGCGGCGGCGGCCGAAGCGCAGGGGGCGGAAGAUGGCGGACGUGCUGAGCGUCCUGCGCCAGUACAACAUCCAGAAGAAGGAGAUCGUGGUGAAGGGGGAUGAGGUGAUCUUCGGCGAGUUCUCCUGGCCCAAGAACGUCAAGACCAACUAUGUGAUUUGGGGGACAGGGAAGGAAGGCCAACCCAGAGAGUACUAUACUUUGGAUUCUAUCUUGUUCCUGCUUAAUAAUGUACAUCUUUCUCAUCCUGUAUAUGUCCGGCGUGCAGCAACUGAAAACAUUCCUGUGGUUAGAAGACCUGACAGAAAAGAUUUACUAGCUUAUCUAAAUGGUGAAACGUCAACAUCUGCAAGUAUUGACAGAAGUGCACCCCUUGAAAUAGGCCUUCAACGAUCCACACAAGUAAAAAGAGCAGCAGAUGAGAUAUUAGCAGAAGCAAAGAAACCACGAAUUGAGGAUGAAGAGUGUGUGCGUCUUGAUAAGGAGCGAUUGGCUGCUCGCUUGGAGGGUCACAAAGAAGGGAUUGUACAGACAGAGCAAAUUAGAUCCUUAUCUGAGGCUAUGUCUGUGGAAAAAAUUGCUGCAAUCAAAGCUAAAAUUAUGGCCAAGAAAAGGUCUACUAUCAAGACUGAUCUAGAUGAUGACAUAACUGCACUUAAGCAAAGAAGUUUUGUUGAUGCUGAGGUAGAUGUGACCAGAGAUAUUGUGAGUCGAGAGAGAGUAUGGAGGACAAGAACUACUAUUCUGCAAAGCACAGGAAAGAAUUUUGCCAAGAAUAUUUUUGCAAUUCUUCAAUCUGUAAAAGCCAGGGAGGAAGGACGUGCACCUGAGCAGAGGCCUGCACCUAAUACAGCACCUGUGGAUCCCACAUUGCGGAAUAAGCCACCUAUUCCAGCUGCCUAUAAUAGAUACGAUCAGGAAAGAUUCAAAGGAAAAGAAGAAACGGAAGGCUUCAAAAUUGAUACAAUGGGCACCUACCAUGGAAUGACUCUAAAGUCUGUGACGGAGGGUGCAUCAGCUCGUAAGACUCAAACUCCAGCUGCACAGCCAGUACCAAGACCAGUUUCCCAAGCAAGACCACCUCCAAACCAGAAAAAAGGAUCUCGAACACCCAUUAUCAUUAUUCCAGCAGCUACCACCUCUUUAAUAACCAUGCUUAAUGCAAAAGACCUUCUCCAGGACCUAAAAUUUGUCCCAUCAGAUGAGAAGAAAAAGCAAGGCUGCCAACGAGAAAAUGAAACACUCAUUCAGAGACGAAAAGAUCAGAUGCAGCCCGGGGGUACUGCCAUAAGUGUAACGGUCCCCUAUAGAGUGGUAGAUCAGCCCCUUAAGCUUAUGCCUCAAGACUGGGAUCGUGUUGUGGCAGUUUUUGUGCAGGGUCCUGCCUGGCAGUUCAAAGGUUGGCCAUGGUUAUUACCUGAUGGAUCACCAGUUGACAUAUUUGCUAAAAUUAAAGCCUUUCAUCUAAAGUAUGAUGAAGUACGCCUAGAUCCAAAUGUACAGAAAUGGGAUGUCACAGUAUUAGAAUUAAGCUAUCACAAACGUCAUUUGGACAGACCAGUGUUUUUACGUUUUUGGGAAACCUUGGACAGGUACAUGGUGAAGCAUAAAUCCCAUUUGAGAUUCUGAAUUAUUUGGCUACCAUUUUCCCCCUAGAAAUUUGGAUUAAGAAGCAUGAAACUGCUCCAUUCUGGGGACUGAGGCUCUUGAUUAAUGAAUUGUCAAGAACUGUACAAAUGAAGGUCACAAAUGAAUCUUUUUUUUAUAAGACCUUAUUUGAUGCUUCAUGCUUUGACAGGCUGAUAUCUGUCAUUAUUAUAAGCAAAAGUUUUUUGCUUAUAACUAUUUUUUUAAUAAUAAUAAUAAUAUUAGCCUUCUAGUCUGUAAUGGAAAUUGUAUAUUUUGAUAGAAGUUUUCUCCAUUGGUUAAAUUAGCAUCACUUAAAAAGUUUUGUUCCUCCUUAGAAGAUAAAUACAGGUUACACAUGAGUGUGUGUGUGUGUGUGUGUGUGUGUGUGUGUGUGUAGAUGUAAUGAGGCUCUUAGCCACUUUGCUUCUGAUUUUCUGAUUUUUUUUCAUUGCUCCAUUGUUUUACUUUUUGAAAAUACUAUGUUGUGAAUGAUAUUAAAUUUUAGUCCUUAGAAUUUGAAAACCUAAGCAAAGUGAAAUGACUAUUUUGAGUGACUCAAAAUGUCAUCCUGUAUAUGUACUAUAUAUUCUGUUAGUAUUUGUUUAAAAAGGGAUAAUGAAAAAUCAAGAACCACCCUUUGGCUGUGGCUGAACUGUUCAAUCUAAGAAAUCUUUAUUAUGGAAACAUUUAAUGAAUGUUCAUUCUUCCCACUGACUUCAGUGAUGAAAACUUAGAAUGUUUAUAAUGGCAUAUACUGGACUACCUUUCUAAAUGGAAGUCUAAACCCACAGAUUAAAUAGGUUGUAAUACAUUUUAUUUUGAGAGCCAGAGUAUGAUUUUCAGAAUGGAAUAUUCAUUUAGUACAUCAGCCAUGUAGACAUAAAAUCCUUAACCUUCAUCAUUUUCAUUCUUUUUUUGUGGCAAAGAGAUUUUAAACCAUUUUUUCUUUACAUUUUGGUCUUGGAUUUCCUAUCCCAUGCUAUCCACUAAUAUUGAUGAAAUUUCCCAAGCACCAAAGAAUACAUUUAAUUAUUGAAAAUUGUGAACAUAACAGAAGUAAAAGAACACUGGCAUUUCUGUGUGUUCCCUCAAUAUCAUACAGAAUAGGUACAAAUCUUAUUUUUAAGUUUCUAGGAUAGGGCAUAUAGCAUUUUCCUCUUUUUCCACUUUAAAUAAAGACCAGAGUGUUGUGUCUAAAGUGUACAACAAAAUAAUUUUUCACCUGUGAUUUCCUCUUUUGUUAAUUAAAAGUAUUGGGAUUCUCUCAGAGUUUUCAUAAAUUGAGUAAUCUAUAAUCGUUCUGUUUUACAUCAUUUUCUCAAACCACCUCUUUUGGGUAGCAUGGCUUUUAAAAAAUGAAAUGCACUUUCAUCUGUGCUAAACAGGCAUUGCUUAGAGCUCAUGUUGAAAUUUAAAAGUAGUACGGAAUUGUAAACUUUUUUUAAUCACAAAAAUCCAUACCAGUAGUGAAGAGGAAAAAGGAUGCUUGCUCUGUGGAAGUCUCAAACUCUGUAGAAAAAGUUUUCUGGUUGAAUUUUGUAUUACGAGGUUUUUCUAUUUUUGAAAAAUUGGGACAAUCUCCUUUCCAUCCUCUAACCUUCCCCUCUCCAGCCCCCCAAAUACACUUUUGGGUUUUCCACAGCACAAUUUCUCAACAGUAUUGAUUUGUUUUCUGAGUCUUGAGGCAUAAUUAUGUAUUUUAUAAAAAUCUUGCCAAAAUAAAAUACUGUAGUCCUGGGUUGUAAACUGUAAUGGUAAAAUAACCAUUAGUUAUAUUUGUUAAGACUACUAUAUGUAGGCACCAACUACCUUUUCCAUAAAUAUUUUUGGUAUGUAUACCUAUGUGUGUUAUGAAUUUCAAUUUAUGCAGAUGUGGGAACAUACACUUUCAACAAGGUUUAUUUUCUCUUUAAUUUGCCUUACAUCUAUAUAUGCACAGACUCAAAUACUGUAAGGAACAGGAGACAAAAUAGAAAUACUCUGUACCUUGUGUGGACUUCCAUGCUUUUUGUUUUUAAAUUGGGUACCUGAUUUCAGUCCAGAGUAAUUAACUUUGGAUGGGAAGCAGACAUCAGGCAAUCACUAUUUAUUCACACAUAAAAAGUCAUUAUGAGUCUUACAGGAGCACACAGCACAGUGCCUUGCACAUAGUAAGUUCUCAGUAAGUAUUUGUUGCAUGAAUGAAUGAUGCACUUUUAGUGCUGCUUAUGUAUUACAAAAUUCUUUGACUAUACGACUUGGUAUUGGCGUGCAAAAACAUAGUUUACUAGAAAUGAAGAUGCAUAAGCAAAAAUUUUUUAAAAACUGAAUUAUGAAUUAAUAAACAUGACUAUAAGAUUUAGUUACUAUGAAUAGAGAUACUUUUCAGGCUCUAUAAAGGGAAAACUGGAUUUCAUUUGUGCAGGACACACUCCUGAAUUUGGUGCUUUUGACGAAUUUCAAAUGUCAAUUGACAUUGAAAACUGAAAACAUAAGUAUUAAAUAUUAUGUUUCUUGUUUUUUUCUAUUGGUUGCCCUUGGCCCUUGAUCAUUUGGUGGUGAUGUGGGCAAUGGUCUUUUCAGGGUCCCAUUAAUGACAAACUAAGAUGUCAAUACUUAUUUAAUGUAGAAGAAAGAAUUUUACUGUUUAAUAUUUAAACAAUAUUUAAUAUAUGUUACAUUUUAAUUAGUAUUAAAGCUUAUAGUUUGUUUCCCAUGUUUCCAUGUCAGAUGUUAACUUUAAAAGACAAGGCAAUGCUUCAUUAAUCCUGGAGGGGGUUGAGGGUAGGACUUGGGGAGCUGGUAGAAGAGGAAGAGGGAGUAUAUUUCUAAGAGAGAACUUCUCUUGAAUAUUUAAGGUGGAAAGAAGUAAAACCAUUUCUUAUCUGCCAUGCAGAAUAAAACAGAAGCACUUUGCUUUUGAAAAUAAAAGGGUCAUUUUUUAAUGGAUCUGUACACUAAAAAUUUAAUCAUUCAGUUAAGUAGGGUUAAUUAUCUAGUAGUCAAUUGCAGGAAAUAUUUUUCCUAAAUAAAAUUCUUUGUGACUCACAAGUGA